AUGCGCUUCAACAAGCAGGAAUUAGUGACCCUUGCUACUCAACCUUCAACAAAGUUUGAAAAGGAAGGCAUUCUGUUUAUCCGGGAAAGACAAGAAGGAUUUUUCAGGAAGUCAGAAAGGAAGGAAAAGAAAAGACAAAAACAUGAAAAACGACUUCGAAAUCUGAGCUGUGUGGGGGUCGUGAACAAAGUCAGUCUAGAACGAUGGUGUCGCUUGAGAGGCAAUCUCUUGUUCUACUUCAAGAACAGGGACCCGUGGUCAGAGCCAUUAGGGGUAAUCGUACUGGAACAGUGCCAAGUGCGAGUCGAUCCUCCAAUGGCAUCGCCGCCUUUGACCGCCGAUGGACAUUAUCCUUUCUAUCUGGUUUUUGACGGUGGCCUGAGUCAAGCUUUAGCUUCCACCUCUGAUAUUGAACGAUCAAGUUGGAUGGAUGCCAUAAGGCAGGCUAGCUACGAGGGUGUCAGAGCUGAACUGAAUGCUCUGAGACAGUGUAUCGAGAGGAGGAGGAACCAUAAACCGAAUAUCGAUUUGCAUACGUGGAGAUUGCAACAAACCCACGUUUUUGAUAUUACUGAGGUUCCCCUUUGCGAGAUAUCCCUGGCAUGUGAUAAUUUACUCUGUGAUGGUCACGGCAGACCACCGAAUCCUUCCCUAGUGGUCGACGUGUACAUUCCUUCUGCCAAGUUUUGGGUUCAGUACGGAAGAACGGAAAUAAUAGAGAGAUGCAGCAACCCCGGCUUUCUGAGCACCGUCAGUUUUCGUGCUUCAGAUGGGUUGAUGGGCGACACCAGAGUCAGAUUUACCGUUUUCGAUGUUAGAGAGAGGGUGUCACAUACUGCCAUACCAUUGGGUUCAGCUUGUGUCCUACUUAGUGCCAUACAGGAUUCUGCAAGAUUGCGAAUCCCAUUACUGUCAAGGACUCAGGCUACUGCUGGGUUUUUAACUAUUAGCGCUUGGUCUUUGGAGGCCGAAGAUAGAGGUAGCAGCACCGAGCAUACGCCAUGUAGAGUGUCAUCACAUAGUACAUCAUCACAAGUUUGGUCUCACAGGAGAUCUCAAUCGUUACCCCCUAGGUUAGGUGUGAAAAUGAGGCUUCCCAAUCAAGCAGAGCUGAAAUUACUGUUUGCUUCGCCUUACCUACAAACUUAUCGGUUUCAUUCUGGUCUUGGUGGAGAUAUUUGCGUCCACGAGUACAUGGCCGAGAGUCGACUCUGCUUCUCAUUUCCACGGCAAAUUCUAGACAUCUGGAUCCACCAAGAGAAAGAGCUCCUGCAAGAAGUGGCCGGCAUGGGGGAACUCCGCGAGCCAUGGCACUCCCGGCAAGUGGAACUCCUCGACCGCCACCUGCACCUGUUGCGCCUCUACUCGCAGGCGCGGGAGAACCUGCACGCCCACAAGGGCAGCCUGUUCAAGGCCAGCGGUCGCAAGGGCGACAGAAGUUUGGAGUUCGCGCCGAUCAACCUGCACCUGCAGCGCAUGUGGGUGCACAACGACACGCUGAACAAGUCGGGGUUCUACGAUUGGGUGACGGUGGGCGCUUUCACGGCGCAUUCGCACAAGUCGAAGAACGGCGGGUUGAUCAAGCUAGUUCAGCAACUAAAGGAGUCACCUAUCAAGAAUAGCACGAAUUAUCAGAUAACCACAAAGAUUUCAAUGGCAAAUGAUGCAAUACAGGCGAUAAAGCAGCUGAGAAAAGAAGUAGUAGAAGCCAUGCGCACUUUGAUGCGCCUUGCCAAAGAAAAACAGACCAACGGCAUGUUACCCAUAUGCGAAGACAUGAUCAGCAAGACGCGAAUCCUGCUCAGCCUGUGGGACCCUGGACUCGUGGAAGAGGCGCUCAACUUCAUCGAAGAUUACAAACUAGUCGUCAACGAGGACUCCGGCGUGGGCGACGACCUCGGCUCCGAAAACGGGGCGCGCCCCACUCUCGCCCUCUCCCCCUUCAAGCGCAUCACGCAGCAGCUAACGUCGCUCGACCUCAAGAGCCCCGAUCUCGAGGACUUCGCGACGCCGUGCACGCCCAGGGACGUCGCCGACCUGUGGAAUGGGCGGGGCGUGGGCGUGGCUAGGGAAGGAGGCGUGGCCGGGAACCUGUUGAGCACGAGCGAGGGCGUGCGGAGCCUGUGCUCGGAGAUGCGCACUCCGGACGAGGCGGGUUUUGUGCUGUUUCCCGAUUGCGAGGACAGCCACCUAGAGUACUCCUUAGAAAGCUCCACCCUCAACAGCCUCACAAAUACCACCAAUAAUGUCUCCGAACCUAAAAUUCCGGAACCGGAAACCGUUCGAAGGUUCCUCGACACCACCGUCAUGUGCAAUUCACCUUCUGCCAACUACUACAAACCGACAGACGAACCUGAACCGUGGGACAUCACUCAACUCAACAUAGAAGCCAGCGUUAUGUGUCUAGUUAGCAAAGUCAAGUUUCUCUGUGGCAGGUGUAACAGUCCGGCUGUCAGACUAAAGCAAAAUGCUAGGAAUGGGAGAAGGGUGGUCAUAACGGACCAACCUAGCUCCGAUAGUAUCAUCAAUAAGGAGGCUGAAGCUGUGUCAAAAGCUGUGAAUAAGGUCUUGAGGAAUGGUAACAAAUUCACUGACGGCCUGGACCUGAACAAAAUCAACGAUUGGGCCGCCGAACUGCGGCCCAGCAUGCGGAAGUUGCGACAGGCGAUGGACGGACUGCUCAAGACGGCCAGACUCACGCACUCAGUGUUCAGGGUGCAAGAGGACCCGAAGGCCGCCCAGAGGGUGUGCAACGUACGGUACCGGAGGGACGUGUGCUUUGCACAAGCUUUGACAUCGCUCGUCACCGGCCUCAUGACCAAACUCUGGUGCCACAAGCCCGACCCCGCCUUCGUCGCCCAAUCGGCCGCCCUCGGUCCACUAGCCUGUUUCGAGGGCCUGCUCAGCCACUACGGCAACGAGAUCGACAUGUGGGGCGACAUGUCGGUGGCGGUCGAGGAUCUGCGCACCGUGCUGUUCACGCUGGCGCGCAGCCCGAGCCCCGCCUCCGACCCCGCCCCUAGAGUGGGGGGGACGCGGAGCGCGCUCACUGUGAGUUUGCCGGUGCCCGAUGCGGUAUACUGUUUGAUACCGGCGCGGCAAACGGUUUCCUUCCACGUUACGCCGGUGUUCUUCAACAUAGGUAUCAACGAGAUGGCGACGAUAGCGGAGAGCAUCGGCGCCACCAGGCCGCAGGAGCGCGCCAACAUCGACAACUUCGAGCGCCUCAACGAGUACUACCUGCGCUACAGGAAGCUGUGCGCGCCCGAGGGCGGCGCUAGCGGCGGUGGGCGGCCCUCCCCGGGCUGCCCUGCGCCGCAGAUCCGGUCGCUGGGCGAGACGGUGGAGGCGUUGCGCACGAGCGUGCACAGCUCGAGGGCGAAGAACGUGGAGGUGCUGCACUUGGCCGCGCAGAUAUGCAGGCAGAUGAAGGGUAUUAGGUUUACCAGUUGUAAAAGUGCCAAAGAUCGGACGGGCAUGUCAAUUACUCUGGAGGAGUGUCAGAUUUUAGCAGAUGAGUAUCAUCUGGCGGAACACGAAUUUCAAAAGGCAUUAGAUUGUCUGAGAAGCGAGGGAUGUCGAAGAGAGAACACUUUAAAAAAUAUUGGCAUCAGCAAAUACGCUUUCAACACCAUGCAACUCCUGGCGUUUCCAAAAGUUUAUAGGCCACCUCCAGGAACAUAUGGUUCUGCACAAACUUAA